AUGGCCAAGUGGCGGCCCUCUAUUGGAGGGGCGGCUGUCCUUCUCGUUUCUUUAGUUGGCGAAUUCUUUAAGGUUUGCAUUUUAAUUAUAAAAAAAAAAGAAGAAGAUUGUGCUGAUUACUUCCAUCCAACACGAAACUUCGUCAGCACACGGGAGACAAUAGAACGUUACCAAAGGCAUACGAAAGAUAAUCAUGCUGAAAAUCCUCCAGAUGAACAAAAUAUGCAGCAGCUAAAGCAUGAAACAGCAAGUAUGAUGAAGAAGAUAGAGUUUCUUGAAAUUUCUAAACGGAGACUCUUGGGGGAAGGUUUGGGAUCAUGUUCCAUUCAAGAACUACAACAGCUAGAGCAGCAGUUGGAGCGAAGUGUCGGGAUCAUUCGUGCAAGAAAGAUGCAAGUUUUCAGACAACAAGUUGAGGAUCUAAACGAAAAGGUAAAAUCCCCAAAGAAAAUAGAAUCACCUUGUGGUUCUUAACCUUUAAGUUUGACAAAUGUGAAAUAGGGUUAUCAUUUAACUUGGGGGGAAAAAAAAGAAAGAAGAACCAAAUGGAGUGGU